AUGGCCAUGGAGAUCAUCCCCAAGUCCCGCUACCCCGGCGACCCCCAGGGACAGGCCUUUGCCGCAGGUAUCCAGAGCGGCUGGGUUGUGCAGUCCAUCAACGGCAUGAACGUGCAGAACGAGGACUUUGGCAAGAUCAUGGACAUGCUGGACGACGAGGUGGCGGACCCCCGGUUCUCCAAGUCCACGGCGCUGGCUCUGGAGAAGCAGGGCGGCCGCAUGGCGGAGCCAGUGGAGGCGCCUUUGUCGGUCGUCUUCUCCUCCAUCCCAGGCUACACCUACAAGGGCGCCGCCUUGACGGAGGACGGCCAGGAUGGCUUCGCGCGCUGA